AUGCUCGAAACUUACAACCGCGACUACAGCGAUCGGAUGAGCGAGUAUUAUGAGACACACAUUGAGCCGUCCUAUCCACUCCAUGACGGCACGCUCAAGUACGUUAUCAAGGUCCGGCUUCUCGAGACCUACACAAGCGAAACAACGAGGACACACAUUCUUCCUCUUCGCGUAAUCGAAGACAGAAAAACCCAGCUCUUCACCGAAUGCAUCUUCAACCCAGCACACAAGCUCAUCAAAGUUUUCAGCGGCGACUUUGACCUACAGAGGCACAGGCCUGUGACAGCUCACGUGAUGCGCGUCUUCGACGAUAUCACAUUCGGGAAGCAGAGAGAUAAGCUCAUGAAAGGCCUGAUGAACACGGUGUUGGGAUACAAUAAUCUGUAUAAUAAUAUUCCAAUAAAUAAUAUUCCAAAUAUUUUUUUCCACAAGCUUCUAAUAUAUGUAUAUAUUUGUUAUUAA